AUGGAAAGCCACCAACACAUCCUGCUCCUCUUGGCCCAUCUACUCGUCUUCCUAUGCAAUUCCAAGCUUCUCACCAGUCAGCUUCUGCCAGUAAUAGAAGACCUUGCCAACAAAUCUCAAAUCUAUAUCAUUCAUGUGGAAAAGCCGGAGGGCUCGGUUUUUCUCGGUGAUGAAGAUCUCGAGAGCUGGCACAAGUCCUUCCUGCCCAACACCCCCCUGGACUCAGGCGAGCCACGACUGGUCUACUCCUACCGCCAUGCUAUCAGCGGGUUUGCCGCGAGACUGACUCCAGAGGAAGUGCGGGCCAUGGAAGCAAUGGACGGGUUCCUGGCGGCAACACCGGACGAGGAAUCUGAGCCCCAAACAACCUAUACGCCUCAGUUCUUGGGGCUAAGCCAGUGGACUAAUGGUACGUGGCACCAGACCAUGUAUGGAGAAGGAAUCAUUAUUGGGGUGGUCGACACUGGAUUGCACCCAAACCAUCCUUCCUUCGGGGACCACGGAAUGCCGCCUCCGCCGGUCAGGUGGAAGGGGAGUUGUAACUUCACCGGCUUCGGUUGCAACAACAAGAUCAUCGGCGCGGCCGCAUUUCGUGGCGGCAAACAGCCCUCCCAACCUCCUACCGACAACAAGGGGCAUGGAACUCAUGUCGCUAGCAUAGCCGGUGGAAAUUUUGCGAGCAAUGCAUCAGUUCUCGGCAGUGCCGGUGGCACGGCUUCCGGGAUGGCACCUAAAUCCCACCUGGCUAUAUAUAAGGCUUCAACCAACGCCGAUGUACUAGGAGCCAUAGACCAGGCCAUCGCGGAUGGAGUCGAUGUCCUUACACUAUCGAUCGGUCGAGCCACGAAGAAGAAAUUUUUUGAAAGCGAAGUGUCCAUCGGCUUGCACGCGGCGGUCGAGCAUGGAAUCCCUGCAAUUUGCGCCAUGGGCAACAGUGGCCCGGAUUGGCAGUCGCUCGAAUUUCAUGCCCCAUGGCUCAUUGGGGUCGGAGCGAGCGCCACGGAUCGAAGAAUCAUGGCCACUGUGAAGCUCGGAAAUGGAAUAGAAAUCGAGGGAGAGUCCGCCUUCCAACCGAGCACAUUCAACUCCUCCGUCCUACUGCCCCUCGUUUUCCCAGGGAUAAACGGUACAGACGAUGAUGAAGCGUGUCUCGACGAGUACACAUUGGACAAAUUAAAUGUAAGAGGAAAGAUUGUGUUAUGCAUGACUGGGGGAGAGAGCACUAAUGUUGCGAAAGGCAAGAGACUUUAUGAAGCCGGGGCAGCCGGAAUGAUCCUCGUCGGUCCCGUCUACCGAGGGAGAGACACCUUCGCUGAACCCCACGUACUUCCGGUAUCCUAUGUGAACUACGUCGAUGGUCAGAAGAUCCGCUGCUACGUCUAUUCGAUGAAAAAUUCGACCCCUACGGCGACAAUCAUAUUCCGCGGCACGCGGUUCGGUCAUCGACCGUCUCCACACCUCGCCGCCUUCUCGUCGAGAGGUCCGAGCAAGAUCAACGGUGGCAUCCUGAAGCCAGACAUUAUUGCACCUGGUGUGGACAUUCUAGGUGCAUGGCGUGACCCCCCCGGGUUCGGCAAUACUGCCCCAUUCGCCUUCAGCAGUGGCACCUCCAUGGCUGCACCUCAUAUCGCCGGAAUCGUAGCUCUCCUCAAGAACAAACACCCAGAUUGGUCUCCUGCCGCCAUUCAAUCCGCCAUAAUGACGUCGGCCACCAGUCUCGACCUCGAUGGGAACCCUAUCAUCGACGCCAGGACGAACGAACCAGCCGAUGUCUACGGCAUUGGUGCAGGGCAUGUGAGGCCGUGGGCGGCAAUGGAUCCGGGCCUCGUCUACGACCUCAAUACCACUCGUUACACCGACUACCUUUGUGGCCUCGGCUACACCGAUGAUGAAGUCAAACGCACUGUCCGUCGGACGGUCAACUGCUCCACCGUUCAGAAGAUUGCUGCAUCCGAUUUGAACUAUCCUUCCAUAGGAGUGUCGUUAAACUCUAGCAUAACUAGUGCCAACUUCACGAGGGUUGUUACGAACGUAGGCCAAGCCCGUUCGACCUACAACGCCAUAAUCACGGAGCCUAAAGGAGUGAGGGUAGACCUUUCGGAGUACCAGCUUAAGUUUUCCAGGCUCUGGCAGACGGUGACAUUCACAGUGAAACUUAGCUUGAAAAAUCCACGCCCAGGGAAAAUCAGGAACGCGGGGGGGAAGCUGGAGUGGGUUUCCAACAAGUACGUCGUGACGAGUCCGAUUGCUGUCGAUUUUACUUGA